ACCCUUGUAAUUCCUGGCCAAUGAGUGAAGAGAUCGUUAGUCAUGUGGUUUUGUUGGCAAGCUUUGGUACGGAACAGGAAAGUUCCCUUGACGCCAGUCGGAAUAUAGACCAAACACAAGGUUUAGGACUCAAUCCAGACCAAAUUAAGCAAAUUUGGUCCAGAUCGAGUGACUUUUCCAGCAAACUUCCAACGUACACCAUUGUUCGUAGGAUGAGGCUUGUCACUUAUGAGGUGCACCAUUCUGAUGAGAAAAAAGACAAACAAACCUACCACGUGAACCCUCUCAAGGAAUGGAAGAUGGUGCCAACCAUCUCCCAGAGAAGGCUUUGAUGGUCAGAAACAUGGGGGCUGAAGAAGAAGUGGACUCUGACAUUGAAGCACUGACACAUUCAACCCCCCUGUCACACUUACCCCCUAAGAGACUACAGAGCUACUUGACCUGAUUCUUAGGUCCCAUCUCUCUUUUCUGCAGAUUAACCAUCUAGAUUGCCACACAACGCCAAACUCUCAGAGGAGGGGGAUGAUGUGACGGUAUAGCACUGUGCUGUGCUUACACACAAAAACAUUUAUCUGUUUUCUUCAAGUUUUAUUUUGGUCAAACAUCACCUCAAGGGAAGGUUUUUAAUUAUUUUACAAAACGUGUAAAACAGAAGCUUUUUUUAAAUUUUUAUUUUAAGGCAUUUUGUUGUUUGCCUUACUGACAUUUUAAAGCAGGUAUUGAUCUGGAUGAGUCCAGAACAUCAGGAUGUGUGAACCAUGUGUGUAAUCUGCCCUGCAGACAGCAGAGUCUCAUGUGUUUGAGGGGGAAGAGGAUGAUAGCUGAUAGUUGUGCUUUGUUCAGCAGUAAAAUGAGCCUCCAGGUGUGCCACUGUUGUGGCUGGUCCAAAGUCACGUCCUAUCAGGGCCUGAGGAUCCACCAGGGCAAGAAGGGAUGCACUCCCAAAGGCAUGAGGGUGAUGGAGCACCAGCAGCAGUACUUGUUUGGUCAGAGAAACUCCAUGCUGGAUUUUGGCCGUUGUCUUAGACCUGAAGACCUGGAGUGGAAUGACCUGAGCCUUCAGGUCUGUCACUGUGGCUGGACCAAAGAGACCACUUAUCAGGAGUUACUGAUUCAUCAGGAGAGGAUGGGAUGCACCUUGAAGGGAGGUCUUCUUACAGCCUCUGCAGAACCUCCACGCUCAGCUCAAAGAGCAAACUCAGCCCGGUACCUGGAGAAGGCGCAGGUCCUCACCCAGAAUGGAGUCAGUGGAGACAAGCAGAUUAACCACGGCAUUAAGUUGGAACCCAAGUCAACUAAUCUGCAGAGCAACUUUUCAUCCCAGCAGCUGAAGGAUUACAGGUUGGUGCAGCCAAUGAGGGACCGAGAUGCACAAGCCUACUUCACGUACAGAUUGCCCUUUGAGCUCUACAACAGGAGGCAUCAGCCGUGGAUUGAUGUUUCCUAUAUGAAGGAAGGUCAGGAUGAUGCUGUCUCCGCCAAAGACGAAUGGCACAAGAAGAAGGUUCAACUUCAAAGAACCAAAGCAGAGCUGGAAGAAAAGAUUGAAAGGAGAAAAUCAAAGGUGGACGAAGUUGACGCAGCUCUGAAAGUUUGCACGGACAAGUUGGAGAAUGAGUUGCGGGAUGUGGAAGCCGUCUUCACGGAGGUGUUCAACAUCCUGGAGGUCGCCCAGGCAGCAGCUAUGCAGCCGCUGGAAGAACGGAAGUGGCUGUUGGAGAAAGAAGCAAAAGAAAUGAAGGACGAAUUAGGUGCAGAAAUGACCAAACUCCAGGUUGCAGUCUAUGAGCUGGAAUACAUAUCAGCACUAGAGGAUCAAAUCCUUUUCCUCCAGAGAUUCCCUUCACUCGCCAACCAGGAUGACAUGAAGGACUGGACGGAGGUGGAGCUCGACACGUCGCUGUCCUUUGGCUCCAUGAGAAAAAUCACAGAGGAGCUGAUUGAAAAGUUUCAACAGGAACUGAACCGGCUGAGCUCCAUUGAUCUCAAGAGACUUUCACCAUUUACAGUGGAUGUAAAGCUGGAUCCAAACACCGCUCACAAACGCUUGGCUCUCUCUGAAGAUGGAAAGGAAGUGAGAGACUCAGGAGAAGACCAGGAAAUAUCUGACUCUUCCGGCCGGUUUGAUCUUUUCGGCAGUGUUCUGGGGCUCAACGGUUUCUCCUCCGGCAGAUCCUACUGGGAGGUGGAGGUCGGCAACAAGACGGGGUGGGAUCUGGGUGUGGCAACAGGAGGCGCCAGCCGUAAGGGCAAACUCACACUGAGUCCAGAAAACGGCUACUGGGUUCUGGUUCAUUAUGAGGAGGAGAAGUAUGCAGCCAUGGCGUCAGUGCCACUUAGUCUGUUCCUGAAAGAAAACCCCACCAGAGUUGGUUUGUUCGUGGACUACAAGGAAGGCCUUGUCUCCUUCUAUGAUGUGAGGGCUCAGUCUCAUAUCUACUCCUUCACUGAGUGCUCCUUCAAAGAGGAGCUUUACCCGUAUUUCAGUCCUCAUUUGAGAGUGGAGGAGAAAAACGCCCAACCUUUGGUUAUCUGCAGUGGAAAACAGCUGGAAAAAUGAAAUGGAUACUUAUUUGUGCUCCAUUUCUGUUAAUGAAGAAGAGACUGAGUGAGAAUGAGGCGCAUCCAUGACCAGUAUACCAGUAGAUGUAGACUUCACAUUAAGUUCUUCUAUAUCACGGUUAACCUCUUGCUGUCUCACUGUUUAGGGACAUUUUCAAUGUGAAAUUCUGCCCGUUUUUCUUUUUUUUUCUUCAUUUUUUACAGCCCAUUGUGUUCUGCUUCAUGGAAUAUGGAAUGGAAUGGAAAUGGAAUAUUCCAAGACUACACAUACAUAAGACAGAAUACUCUUAUUUUCAUACUCAAUCAACUUCAAUGAAAUGGAAGCAACAUUAACCUCUUAAUUGAUCGAAGUGCUGUCUCCUGACAUGAUGUUGGAUGUUUGCUUAUUCCACAUGUGAAUUGCAGUUAAAUGUGCACUCUCAGGUUGGACAAUGACUUGGUAAAACAAGAGUUUUUGCAGAGGGCUCAUUUCAGGAAAAAGGUUGUUCUUAACCAAUCAAUUGAUGUGCACUGUGAUUUUCUUACAGAACUUUUUGUGUGCACCAGUAUUUUUGAAUCAUUUCGGACUUUAACAAAUUGCUGUUUAAUAAGCAAACAUUAUUUGUGGUUUUCAUUUUAUAGCAGAAGACCAAAAUGAGACGAAGAUUUACAGAUAUGGCAUUUAACAAUAAGGUGCUCUUAAAACAAAAAAAAAUCUAUACUAAUAAAAGAAGACAGACAGAGUU